AUGGCAUUAGUGGUUUUGCUGCUGGUACUGCUUCCCCAUAUAACAUAUGAAACCAACAUUCAUAUGUGCAGGGUCCAGCACCCAGGUCAGCCUGUUCACAAAUACUAUCAGAAUGGAGACCUCAUCAUUGGUGUCAUUGCUUCUCAGAGUUUCAUUGUCUCUAGCUCAAUAGACUUCACUGAACAGCCACCUCCAACAUUGAAUGAAGACUUAAUUAUAAUACCUAAUAAUUACCAACACAUCCUGGCCUUGGCCUUCUCAGUAAAGGAGAUCAAUGAAAACCCUCAGAUCUUACCCAAUAUCACCUUGGGCUUCCACAUUUAUGACAGCUAUUUCAAUGCCAAGGCAACCUAUCAUGCCACUAUACUACUUACUUCAGCUCUGGAGAGAUUUGUCCCCAAUUACAUUUGCAAUAUUCAGAAUAAUCUAAUAGCAGUCAUUGGGGGACUGGACUCUGAAAUCUCCCUUCAUGUGGCAAAUGCCUUGGAUAUUUACAAGAUUCCACAGCUAACAUACAGCCCUGCUCCAGUGAUGAAUGAUAAAACUCCAGGCCUUCCCUUCUACCAGAUGGUCCCUAAUGAAGCCAUUCAUUACCACAAAUUUUCUUUGGUAUCCCUUCCAAUGCAGCUCCAUCAUUCCCUGAGAAGUAUCUCAUUUAACAACAGCGUGGGAGAAAUGGUUUCCUUUGACAAAAACAGACAGUUUGUAGCUGGCUUUGAUGUUACUAACUGGGUUAAUUCUGGAGAGGAACCUGUAGUGAAAGUUGGGAGGAUGGAUCCCAAGGCUCACCCAGGCCAAGCGUUCACCAUCAAUGAAGAUGCCAUAACAUGGCACAUUUGGUUUAACCAGACACAACCUCUUUCUGUGUGUACUGAGAGUUGCCAUCCUGGUUCCAGCAAGAAAGUGAAGGAGGGGGAGCCAUUUUGCUGCUAUGAUUGUAUCCCAUGUCCAGAAGGGAAGAUUUCAGACCAGGAUGAUAUGAGUGAUUUUUAUGAAUGCACAGAUGAGAAUUAUCCAAACAAAAACAGAGAUUUGUGUAUUCCCAAGAAUCUCCAUCACAUUCUGAGAUGUAUCUCAUUUAACAACAGUGCUGGAGACAAGAUAUCCUUGGAUGAGAAUGGGAAAUUAGCAGCUGGGUUUGAUAUUGUCAACUACAUUCUUUUACCAAAUCAAUCAAAAGUGAAGAUUGGGAAGGUAGAUCCACAAGCUCCUUUAGACAAAAUGUUAACCAUCAAUGAGGAUGCCAUCACUUGGCACUACUGGUUUAACCAGACACGACCUCUUUCGUUAUGUAGUGAGACUUGCCAUCCAGGUUCAAGGAAGAAAGUGAAAGAGGGGAAACCAUUUUGCUGCUAUGACUGCUUCCCAUGUCCAGAAGGGAAGAUCUCAAAUGAGAAGGAUAUGAAUGACUGUUUUAAAUGUCCAGAUGAACACUAUGCAACCCCUCAAAAAGAUGCAUGUGUUCCCAAGAAAGUAAGUUUCCUGUCUUAUGAAGAACCUUUGGGGAUCAGUUUAGCCUGUUUUUCUCUUUCUUCUUCUAUGAUGACAGCUCUGGUGCUAGGGACAUUUAUAAAGCACCACAACACUCCCAUUGUCAAAGCCAACAACCGGGACCUCACCUAUACACUCCUCAUCUCCCUUCUACUCUGCUUCCUUUGUGCAUUGCUAUUUAUUGGCCAGCCUCAGAAGGUGACCUGUCUCCUCCGACAAACUGCUUUUGGUAUCAUCUUCUCUGUGGCUGUUUCUUGUGUGCUGGCAAAAACUAUCACAGUUGUUCUGGCUUUCAUGGCCACCAAACCAGGAUCAAGGGGGAGGAAAUGGUUGGGGAAAAGACUGACCAAUUUUAUUGUUCUUUCCUGUUCUCUUAUUCAAGCAGGCAUCUGUACUCUAUGGCUUGCAACCUCCUCCCCAUUCCCAGAUGCUGACAUGCACUCCUUAACUUCAGAAAUUGUAUUAGAAUGUAACGAGGGGUCUGUAACUAUGUUCUACUCUGUUCUUGGCUACAUGGGAUUCCUUGCAAUUCUUAGUUUCGCUGUGGCUUUCCUUGCCAGAAAGUUACCUAACAGUUUCAAUGAAGCCAAGUUUAUCACUUUCAGUAUGUUGGUCUUCUGCAGUGUUUGGUUAUCCUUUGUUCCUUCCUACCUGAGCACCAAAGGAAAAUAUAUGGUUUCAGUGGAGAUCUUCUGCAUCUUAUCCUCCAGUGCUGGGCUGCUGGGUUGCAUCUUCCUUCCCAAAUGUUAUCUGAUUGUGCUGAGGCCUGAGCUGAAUAACAGGGAACAUCUAAUAAGGAGGAAAGCUGAAUGA